AAGUCACACAACAAACAACAAACAAAUCAUCAAAAGUCACAUAAUGCCGAAUUUUUGGUCAGCAUUCCUCAACAACAACAUUCCUCUCGAAAAAUAAAUCGAGAUGCAAUCCAUAUAACAUGUUAAUAAGCUUCUAACUUUUCACCAACCACCCAUAGCGUGCAAUACCCUACAAAGUCUAACAACCAAACGUUUCCCAAAAAAGAUGUCAGCGGGAAGUUUUGCCAGAAUCUGUUUUGCAUUGGUUUUCGACAAGGUGAAGUGUUUGGCUCCGACUGCUACCGGCAAAGACAAUGGAUUUGGCAACAACUACAUAUGGGCUGGAUCCCUGGAGUCUGGAGUACAGAUGGCUGCGAACCACAAGAUGCCAGCCAUGAUCAUUAUCUACAAGCCGCUGUGUCCGGCUUGCAAGAACCUGAAGCCAAAAAUCGCCGGCUCACAGGAGAUACAGACGUUGAGCAAACAUUUCGUGAUGAUCAAUCUUGAAGAAGGAGCAGAGGCACCCAAAACUCCUAGUUAUGCUCCUGAUGGAAACUACGUACCUAGAAUCCUGUUUCUUUCACCAGAAGGAUUAAUAGAUCAGGACAUUUAUAAUGAAAACGGUAGCAAUCAACACAAAUAUUUCUACAGCAGACCGGAACAAAUUGCACAAUCCAUGAAAAAGGCCCUUGAAAAAUAUAAGAACGAGCGGUUCGAUAACCAGAAAUCAUAGUAUUCGUUGGAUAAGAGCUGGAUCGGAAAAGCACUUUCAAAAUAAAAACAGUACCUACUUCAGUUUUUAAAAUA